ACAAUGUCUGAAAUGUUGCAACAAAGUCGGCAGCCGUCAUCCACAGGGACGUCUUCAAACGAGGCAAUUGAGCAAGAAAUGCGGCGGAUAUUCAGGUCAGGUGCAUCAGGGAGUGCCAGCAGCUUUACCUCCGAAGCUAGCCUCAGUGCUAACACAGUGAGUCGGCCAAGAUUUCAAACUCAACAGUAUUUUGGUGGAUGGACUUCGAAAUCGAGGAAGAGGCCUGCCCUUCCGAAUCAUCCUACCUUCAACAAGGAUGUAGUACUCUUGCCCAAUCCUUCAUGGGAUAAAGUGUGCAAACAUAAAACAAAGAGAAAACUUCAUGAACGUGGCUACAUUUUAAGUGCCUUUGAAAUGAGAAAAGCAUGGGACUGCAAGAUGGUCCUUGCGGAGAUAAAAGAAGCAUUCAAGGAUAGAAUUCCUGAGGAUGUCAGUAUACAACUGUUGAUGCCAUGUGGAAACAAACUUGUUUCACCAAAGUUACGUGAAGGCCAGGAACUGAAUGGCUUAAUGAUUCACAAGGUAUUCAAAUCGAAGGCAGUUUAUAUUAAGCCAUCAAGCGGUCUUCCUUUUACGCUUGACAGCACAGACUCGGAGGACAGCUGUGUGGAGCUUGACAUGACAUCUGCAUCUAGUGACCAGGGGACUAACACUCAAAGUCAGACAAGUAACUACAUGAUUACAAGGUCCAGACGAAACCAGACUGCAUUAACAGAAACUUCCAGUUAUCCUUUGACCAGAAGUACCACAGCUACUCAGCUUUCGGCAACACAGCAAGCAACCAAUGAUCACCAGACCAGAAGUAACCAGACUCCACUGACACAAGCAACUGGUGAUGAUCUGACGAGGGCUAACCAUCCCUCUGUAGCAUCACAUACAUCCAGUGUCACUGGCUUGGAGAACCAGAUUUCAUCUACUGGCAGUGAUGACUAUGCUGCCUACCUUUCAAUUAUGGGUUCCAUCUCAGACCCCUCCUCUGAUGAUGAAGAAUUAAAUCAGGCAAUAAUGGCCAGUCUCCAGAGCCAUGUGGCAUCUGAACAGCCAAACAUGAAGUCAGCACAGGAAGUCCUUCUUAGUCUGGCAUCCCAAAUUGACACUAACCAAAGAUGCAGAUUCAACAUUAACAGGUCUUUGGUACUGGAUGGUGCUCAACGAGGCUUCAAACGACUGUCUUAUAAUCCCAUGUACCAGAUGUCCAUAAAGUUUUCAGAUGACUUGGGAAUGGAUGAACAGGCUGUGGACCUCGGUGGCCCUAGAAGAGAAUUCUUGCGUUUGCUUUUGGAAGCUCUUGCACAUUCACCAAUGUUUGAAGGAAGAGAUGGCAAACUGAACUUGGCUCUGGACAGUUUUGCUCUGAGAGAAGAUCGAUAUUUUAUUGCUGGCCGGGCUAUUGCUGUAAGUCUUGUCCAUGGCGGUCCUCCACCAGGAUUCAUUUCACCAACGUUGUAUUCUCGUCUAGUUGGUGGAUGUUCCUCUGUGAAGCCUGUGUUGGAAGAUAUAGCUGAUGCAGACCUCUAUGAAAAGGUUAAAAAGGUGUCAGAAUGUACACAUUUGGACGACCUGAUUCAAGCCAUUGAACCACUGCAAGACUACCUGGCAAAUGCUGGGUGUCUCAGACCACUGAAGAGCAUUGAAGACAAGUACUUGAUGGUUCAAGAUAUUCUCAUGUUUCAAGUGGUCCACCGAGUCAGUGGAGGAUUUGAAAGAUUUAUGGAGGGGCUGAAGACACUUGGUGUUCUGGAUGCUAUCAGAAUGUAUCCAGAUAGUUUCAGGCCCUUAAUGUGUCAUGAACCAUCGCCACUCACUGCUGACACAAUGGAUCAUCUUUUCAACAUCAGGCUGUCUGCAGCAGGAAGCAACAAGAGGAGGGCAGAGGAAUGUGUGGUCCCAUUUUGGAGGGACUACCUGCAGGAUGUUGAAGAACAAAUGGGACCAUCAAAGCUUGGCAAAAUCUUGGCUUUUGCAACGGGUGCAAAUGUCAUCCCACCGGUUGGCUUUUUCCCUCGGCCAUCAAUUGAUUUCUUGCAUGAUCACUCAGGCACCCCUGGACGCCAUUUGCCUAUGGCAAACACUUGCAUCAAUUGCCUUAAGUUGCCACUGCUUGAUACAUAUGAGGAUUUCAGGGAGAGUAUGGACUUUGCAUUAGGUAACACACAAGGUUUUGGAAGAGAAUAA